AACUGCCAAUAUCACUGUGAAGCUUUGAAAUGGAGUGUAAGUUUGGUGUAACGUGACGAGCGCCUGUUUUUUUGUUGUUAACUAUUUUUAAAUAAAUAUAUAGAUUUAUUAAACCAAAUAUGCUUCGACAUUCAUUGAAAGAAUUUUGCAGACAAUCUAUUACUGUCUCGAAAACAGAUGAAGCAUCUAUAUGUUGGCACAAUACAGUGUUUGCAGUGCGGACUCCUAAAGAAAUUUAUAUUUUCGAAUUUGCCUAUGAUAUCAAUUAUAUGGACAAAACGAUAAAUAUGAAUCAAUAUAUGAUACCAACGCCGAAGUCAAGCCCAGCCACCUACUUAGUUUCAAACAAUUUUAUCAAGUACGGUGUGAGUAACUUCGAACUUACGCAACUUAUCAUGGACCCUUCAUUGUGGCCUCACAGUGCUCAAAUUGUACAAGAAAUGGCUUCUGUAAUUGAUUGUAAAUGGUCGCCUGAUGCCUCUUUUAAUCGUGAACCGUUAUUAGCAGUCCUUAACAAUAUUGGAAAUGUAACUCUAUUUGGAAAACAAAAUGGCACUUGGACAAACUUGCUUGAUUUGUCUGCAUGUGUCAACAAAGAAUUGAAUUUGGUACUACCGACAUGCGUGGAGGACUUGAAGACCAAAGCUGACACUGUGGAGUCCAGUGCUCUGUGUUUUAUACCAACCAAUGAUGAAUCGUGUUCUAUAAUUUUAGGACAAAAGAAUGGAAACAUACAUUUGUGGUCUCUUAAAGUUAAAAAUGAUGAUAACUUAAUAGCUUAUUUUCGAGGCAGCAUAGAAGAUAAUUCUAAUGAAGUGAAAUGUGUUUUAUGGAUAGAAAAGUGUGGUAAAAAUGGUUUGUUAGUAGUCUCCAAUGUUAUUGGACAAAUUAUUCUAUAUGAAUGUAGCAUAAAUACGAAAAUUAAAAUGCUAAAUAAACAUCUUAUUUGGCCUCACAGAGAUAAUAUGGUUACUCAGUAUCUGAAUUACACUAAAGUUAAUAAUAAAAUUAUAUUAUUCUAUGACAAACAUAGGCAUUUUAUUGUUCAAACAUUAGAUGAAAAUUACAAAGUGCUGUCACAGUAUGCAGAAAAUAUUAAUGAUUAUAAAAUUUCCUCCAUUGCGGUAAAUUCAAAUGAGUUCUUAUUAGCAACUACCAAUUUUCAAAUAUUCCAAAUAAAUUUUGAUUUUUCAAAUGGUAAUCUAGUUGUAAAACACAGUUUAAUUGAAAUUAAAGACUCUUAUAAUAAUUAUGAGGUAUUGGAUUUGGGUUCAUCUCAGAACAGAAGAAUGAUCACUGCAGUUGCUGUAGACAGAUCAGUUAACAUUAGAAAAAGAAAUCUUCAAAUUGAUAUUCUAUUCCUCACAACAGAAUUGAAUGACAAUUCAAAUUUGCCUUUUUUAAUUCAUAAUGAAAUAAAAUCCAUUAUAAAUCUGUGGGAUGCUAUUGUUUUGGUGCGACAAAAUAUAUUGAAAUCGAAGAUCUUACCACUUUCUGAAUUAACACAAUUGAUCGCAGAUGGCGAAAUGGACACUUAUUACUUGAAAUUGUAUUUAGUUAUAGCAAAUGUAUGGCAAACUUUAGAAAAUAAUCUGAGAAUUCCUAAUUCUCGAAAACUGUUACCAGUUGAUGUAGAAAAAGUCAAAGAAAAAGUUAUUUUAAAACAUGCUCAGUCUCAAUUGAAUGAAUUUCACAAGCUGAUUAUACAAAAUUGUAUUAGUAAUUUUGAUAAAGAAUCAUUUAACGCAACAAAGAGUUAUUUAAACUACUAUAGUCAAAAAUAUAAUCUGAAAUUAGAAAGUUUGAUUUCUCCAAUUGUGUAUAACUCAUUGAAUGAGGAGAAAAAAUAUACCUGUCAAUGUUGUGACAAUGAAAUUGAAGGCUUCUCAUGUGAUAGUGGUCACCUUAAUAUGUUUUGUCCCGUAUCAUUUCUGCCUAUUGAGACAAGUGACUAUCUUAUUUGUGUGGUCUGUGGUAUUACUGCAAGAAUUGAAUUGUAUAAUAGGAAAGCGAAAUGCAUUUUCUGUGAUAAACAUUUACAAAAGUGUUAAUAAAAACGUCAUUAUAAUAA